GUAUCCCUCUUGUCAGGGACCUAUAUUUCAUGAUGGAAUGAAAGAGUGGAGUUGUUGCAAGAAAAGAAGUCAUGAUUUCAGCUUAUUUUUGGAUAUUCCAGGAUGUAAGACAGGCAAGCACACAACCGAGAAGCCAGUGUUGAAAACUCCUCCAAAGAAUCCAGCUCCUGCUCCCUCUUCAAAUUCUACAACAGAUGCAUCUUCAAAACAGACUUGCUCUAGGUGCCGCCAGGGUUUCUUUUGCUCUGAUCAUGGUUCACAAGCUAAAGAGAUUAAUCCAAAGCCUUUAAAUGUGGACACAACUGCACCUACCAAGAUUAAUACAAAUUCCGAGAGCUCUCCUGCUCCAGCAAAGAAGGUAGUUGAUAUAAAUGAGCCCCAGACAUGCGGAAAUAAAGGAUGUGGUAAGACUUUCAAGGAAAAGGAUAAUCACGAGACUGCAUGCAGUUACCAUCCUGGACCCGCUGUUUUCCAUGACCGUAUGAGAGGGUGGAAGUGCUGUGACAUUCAUGUGAAGGAAUUUGAUGAGUUCAUGAGCAUUCCGCCUUGCACCCAGGGAUGGCAUGCCGCAUAAUGCCGAUCCAUCAUCUUAAACAAGCAGGGACCUGCAAGGAUGAGGUGUUUCCAUUGUGACUUUUUCCUUAAAGUUGUUUUUUUAGGUUGAUACUGUUCUCUAAUGUUGUCUUUCUGUUAGAAUGAACUUAUUUGGUCUCUGUUAUAUCAUUGGUAAGAAACUGUUAUAUCAUUGAGAUUUGAGAUUUGAGAUUUGAGAUUUGA